GUUAGUCGACUGGCUCGCGCACCGUCGCAGCUUAGACUACUGCCUAUGUUAUUCAAUUCCAUUUCCUGAGUAUAUAGCCAAGCUGUCGCCCAUUUCAUUUGGUUCUCACUCACAGACUUCAACCACAUCUUCGAUUCCAUGUAGUUGCCUCCACUUCAGCGACACUGUCAUUACCCACACCGUCGAAAUGGCCAACACAGCAGCCGCUGAGCAUGGAAAGCCGUCGGACCCGGCAAAACUGACUCUCGAAGCAUGGUCCCAGGGCUUCAUGGUCGGUGCCCUGAUCAUCAUGUGCGGAAUCACUCUUGCGAAUAUGAGGCGAGGAGUCCUGCUCCACAAGCUCAUCUUGAUUGAGCUUCUACUGGCGGUUCCUAAUGCUUUCUUCAUCUUUUUCGACCCUCCAGUAUGGGGUUGGUUUCUCUCAUCGACUGUCGUUCCGCUCAUCACAUCGUGGACUCUCCACAAUGUCAUUGCGUGGAUGAAGAGCAAGCCCUUCUUGGGUCGCCGAGGAAAUCUCAUCUACAUUGGCAGCGUCGUCGCCGUUCAGCCUUAUUGGAUUCUGGAGAUUUACGCGAACUUCGCUUACUUCAAUGGCCGCGAAACCCAGAUUUUCAAUAGAACAAGGCCAUACGAGGCUGUUUUCCGCGAUCCGUGGUGGAUAUUCACCAUUAUCAAUCUCUUCUGGAACAUUCGAUUCCGCUAUGACCUUGGCUUCAUAGAGAUCGUUCAGGUCUCUCCUCGGUUCGGCAUCUUGCUUCUCUGCAUGGGCCUCAGCAUGGUCUUCAUCAUCGUGGACAUUCUGGCUGUGACCCCGGUGAUUCCCAUAGGCGUCAUCAACCCCUUCUGGAAAUUCGCUUUCGUCUUCAAGUGUUUCACAGAUAGUAUCAUCCUCGACGACUUCCGGGCGGCCUUGGACAAGCUCAGCCGACGUCGAAUGGCUCAAAUCCUCCCCUUUAGUAUUUUAGGGGAAGACGCCGUGUCAGGGCCGGAACAGAGCUUCGUCGGUGGUUCCCCAAGAAAACGCAAGCGGCAAAGGAAACAUGGCGGGAGCGUGGAUGAGCAAUCUAUUACCAAGAUGGACAUGAUUUCAUCGGGGAAAGCAUGUAUAGAGCUAUCCGAGGCCGGGGAGCUUUCUCCUCCAUCUCCGGUCCGAGUUCAUCACAUAGCGUACAAUUCACCUUGAAGGACAUUUACC